AUGCGAUCCUCUUUCUGUUGGGUCUUCAUCUCCUUUGCUGCCGCAGCAAUACCCGAGAAAGCUGCAGCAGCAGCAGCAGCAGCAGCAGCAGCUGCAGCAGGAUUUGCUGCUGCAGCACGAGGUUUCUACAGCAGCAGCAGGUGUCUGGGAUCAAGCAGCAGACAGCAGCAGCAGCAGCAGCAGCUGCAGCAGCAGCUGCAGCAGCAGCAGCAGCUGCUGCAGCGUCAGCAGCUCAGGCAGCUGCGACAGCAGCAGCCAGCAGCAGCCCCUCAGCCCCCUUGUCUUUAA